GAGAUUUGUGUUCGCACUUGCUUCACGGAGUAUUUACGAAUCCCGGCCUUUAUCUACGUGAUGCUAGGUUCAAACUUGUAAGUUGUGGCUAAAAAUGAAUGUAAUGUCUCUUAAUUUUAGGUCUACUGGCAGUCAGUCAUUUCAUGUGGUUUCUUCGGUCUCAAGGUUUGGUGAGGCCUCUCCGUAUCACCAGAACCCACCACUUUCUGUAUAUCCACGUUCGUUAUUGGAACAUGUUGUUAGCCUUGAUAUCGACCAUCAACCCGCAUAUGUCCGAAAUACUGGUAUAAUAUGCACCAUCGUUCAUGCCAACUGAUCUCACGUCAUAGACCUCGUUGCCCAAUUCUCACUGUGACACGUCAUGAAUAUAUUGCUCGUCAAAUUCACCUUUAUCGUGGCGUUCAUCCUCUGUAUUAUGGUGAACCACGAGCUGGAGAAUGGUACGAAGAUAUGGACCGUAGAAUUCGUUAUGCUAUUGAUUAUGGUAGAAAGCGUUCAUUUUUCUCGCCUGGGUGCUUCGUAAUAAUUGUAACUGGUUGGAAAGCUGGUUCCGGUUCUACGAACACACUUCGUGUUGUCAAACUAGAAGAUGCAGAAACUAAGCCAAUAGUUAUGGUGCCAAGUAUUACACACUUUGAUGAUUAGGUUAACUUAUAUAAUUGAUUAUUCAAAUGAUGGGACUUUAUCACAAACACUUUUUCAGUUCUUUUAGUUUCAUCGUAUGUACUUCAAUUUAGUCAUGUUCCGUUCCUUACCCUCUUAAUCACAGAAAUUCUUGUCAUUUAUAUCAAUAGAUGUAACCUUCCAGCUGAUUUUCGUUUUAUUCAACUAUAAUUGUCUAAAUACUUUAUGGAAGCAUCACUUAAUAGAUGUGUAUGUGUGUAGUCGUCUUUUUUAGUGGACCUAUGGUUGUACUUCUUUACUUUCCUCUUUUCACGCACGCAACUUAGAAAUGUCUGAAAAUUUAUAAAAUAACAUUUUAUUUUUUGUCAAAUCAAGUCAUUGAUUAAUCAUUUUCCUGCAUGUGUGCGUCAUAUUAAAAUAAUUGUACGCAAUAUACUUUCCAGAUAA